UUUCUUAUUUGGUGACUCGGUAAAAGAUCCGAAGAUUGCUUUCUGCCAGCCUGCGCAAUGGUUGCACCAGAGUGGAUCAUCAUUCUUAUAUCUGCCUUUUAUCCCUCGGGAUCAUUCACUGUUAAUGUUCAGGAACCUAUCAGUUGGACGAGAGAUGUUCUGGAAAUUAACCGAAAACCACGAGCACAUUCAUUGUGGUUUCAUUGGAAAGGAAGCAACUCCAGGUUCCAGUGAAAGAGCUCAUGUGAGAGGACUUCAUCCGGGUGUCUUAGGACAAGACAAUAUUCCUCAGAACGAAAAGAUAGUGCAAGCCAACACUGUGAAGAACCGGUUAGCGGCAGCAGGAAAAAGAUUGCCCAGAGAGACUUUCAGGUGUUAUGGAUGGGUCCAUUAUUCUGGGAACAAGUGGUGGUGGACCAGGAUGACCCAAUAUGUGUUGAAACGUUUUGGGCGAGAAUUAGCAGGAUUAGGGUUGGAUGUCCCGAUUCGUGCCACCAUGCAUGGCUUGCAGAGCAGUGUAAGUCAUUUCCUUUGUUUGUUCGAGAUCUACAACCCGGACACCAAUACAUUCUUUACCAAGAACGGGGAACUUGGACUACCACUGCAUGAAAUGAUGCAAGUGUCUGCUUUGCCUAUGGGCGAUGUCCCAUAUCAAGAGUUCUUUCCGACCACCAAUCAGCUGAUUAAGAUGAAAGAUAGCUCGACUGCGACCUAUGACACUCUAUGGGAAUUGACCUGUCAUUAUCAUAUAGCCAUGGCCGAGAUGGAGCCCAAAGCCAGAAAGAAGUCUCCUCAAGUCAGUUUAAAACAAUUCGCUGAUUAUCUCUUCAAGAACCUGGAUGUCCGUUCGGCAGAUGUGUGCGGAUUGUCUCCCUUGAGUACGGAUGAAAUUAACCGUUUGUUAGAGAAAACCAACGCGCAUUCUUAUACUUCGCGCUCAGAAGAUGGAUUUUUGCACGGCACUAAGUUCCGCUCUUAUCUGUGGCAAGCUGGUGUUCCGAUUAGCCCUACUGCUCUGCUGGCAGGUUUUCUAGCCUUAUGGUUAAAGAGAUGUGUAGUUCCCCAUCAAUCCGCAGAUGCGAUGCCAAUGGAAGUGUUGUAUCCGGCCGUCCAGCUGGCUACAGGUCGCAAAUUAUCUUUGCUUCCCGCUAUGGUGGCCGAUAUUCAUAGUGGAUUGCGGCAACUAAUCUCCGCAUUUACCCAGGAGAAAAAGAAACCUUCCGCCAGCCUGUCCGUUCCGAAGCUGGAGCUGCCCUAUACUUACUUAAUGGCCUGGUUGGUACUUCAUCGACCAGAUUUAAUGGAGGCUCCUGAUACGGUAGAUCUCAGUGUCCCUCUGUUGCAAAAUCUCGAGAAUUGCAAAUGGAGCAAACAUCGAGAGCCGGACAUAACGAGGCAGUUUAAAAUUCACAAAUGUUGGGAAUUUUUUCCUUGCUUCCCUCAGUUCUCCGGUACUUACAACACUACCUUAGUGGAUGCUGAAGACCCAAGGCAGAAUCGUACCAUCUUGGAUGUCGGGUGCUUCAGAUGGUUGAUGAAUAUUCGACCUGGAUAUCUGUUGUUCAGGAUAAGGGAUGUUUGCCACAUCGAACCCUAUCUUCCAUGUCGAUUCGCCCGUCAGUUCGGGUAUGAUCAGAUAUACAUCGGCAACCCGAAUCGUCACCUCAGCUUUCGAGGUGGACUUAUCGACGGGGCGAGAGCUUGGUUUUGGAGCAUUGCCGGCUGCACCAAUGUUGAAUUUGAUCUCCCCUUAGAGACGCCGCCUCUACGGAUGACUUUCCUCUUUUGUAAAUGGCUGAUAGCCACCAAUAUUGUCACUCGACGUAGGAGGAUAUCAGACUCAGAGGAAGAAAUAGCUCCACGGCAAGCAGCAGAACUGCCUCGCGAAGCUGUGAUGUCGCCUCGAGGAAAAGAGGCUGCUGAAUCAUCAAGGAAAGGAAAGGAACCGGCUCGCUCAGUCGGUAGUGAAGAAGAAUUUGACUCUGAGGAGACGGAGACUUCCGAGGAGGCGGGUGAGACUAGCUCAAGUUCUGAUGAAAGAGCGGGUCUUUCUGAUUCUUUCUUUGAAAGAGGACUUGUGUGCCCAUCUGUUGCUCCUACUCAAUCACAAGCUACUUCGAGAAAACGGGGAGAGAGGGUCGUCAUGACCUAUCCUAAUCGGAUGACGGUAGACAUUCUCAGUGGGGACGAAGAGGAUGAAGAGGAUGAAGUGCCUCUUGCUCGUCGACAAAGAUCACGACCUUCCACUCAAGCUCAAACCCAAAUUCCUCCUCGAACUGAAUUACGCACCAAACGUCGUCACGAAGGUCCUGAAGCACAUCCACCGAAGAAACAAAAGAAAGCUGCUUCUAAACCGCGCGUUCAUCUUUCUGCCGUAGAAGAUAUCUCUGGUCGUAAUGUUUCUUCUGAUGAACUAGGUAAUUAUUUAUUUUUAUCUCUCUUACAUUUUUUUUUAAUGCUCGAACUCAUUUCAUUUCCAAUUUCUGUAGAGAGUCAAGAAGAGGGAGAAUAUCGAGUUGGAGCUGCUUCUCCUGGAGGUAUGGAGACUGAGGAGACCAGCUUCGUCCAGCAAAUGCAAGAUGUUCUGAAAGAAGGACCAGCUGACGUUCCACCCACUCCUGACGUUGAUCCAUCAGCUGCGGACACAGGUACUGAUCUUUCUCCUCUCGGAAGAGAAAUCCGAGAAAUGAAUGAGUCGGACCGUGUGCCUCCUCUAAUGACCUGUGCGCUUUCUCUCCUUUUAGUCAAAUUAAAAGAAGCAGGUACCAGUAGUGGAGCUCUCGAAUCAGCCCCGACCAACGAAGAUGUCACAAUGCACGAAUCUGUUGGAGGAGAGACCACGCAUACAACAGAGGUCGAGGAAUUCAAUGAACAUCACCUCGAUUUCAAUCUCUCUGAAGGCGACCAUGAGUAUAUCUCCGACUUACUAUCGGGGAAAACUCCUGGUGCAGCCACGGAAUCCAACGUUGGAGUCGGUCCAACAGAAGCAGGUCCUUCUGAAAGACCAGUUGCUGGAACUGAUACUACUAUAAUCAUUGGUACGUCUGAUCGACUGGAGAGUAGUGAACUUGUGCCGUGGACAAGAACCGAAGUUGAUUUGCAAUCAUCAGUUCUUGAACCUCAACCUUCUACUCCUAUGGACCCCAUGAUGAUAGAAGUCACUGUCACUCCCCAGAUUAGUCCAGUUGCAACAAAAGCGAGACCAACUGAAGAAGUUGGUACAUCGGCCGAUGUUGUGACUAGAAUUGAAUCUCCUCUUAAAGAGUCUCUUAGUUUGGACCCGCCGUCCUCUGAGACUUUAGUUGAAAAAGUCCCUGAUGUAGCGGGUGCAUCAACAGCUACCAUUCCUGAACCAAUCUUGACUGUUCAGGAAUCCAGAUUAUCAUCCUUGAGCGAACCAAGUCAUGCUGAAGGUUCUUCCGUCGAAUUUGUUCCUUCAUCAUUAUCAACUCAAAUCCAAGCGUUAUUGGUUGAUGACGAUCCGGACAAGUCUGUUAUCUGCUCUAAUCUCCAAGGCUUCAUCUCCUUUUUGAACUCUAUGGUCGAUCGCAUUCUCUUCAAAAGAUCGUAUUUUGAGAAUUAUAAAAAAUCUUUUGAGCGUUUUAUAUCAGGGUUCAGAGAGGAAGGGUAUAACGACUUAGCCGAUUCAGUCACCGCUUAUUUGGUUGAUUUGAGGCAACAUAUUGAACUUCUGCAAACUCUUCGCACCAAAGGCGUACCUUUUUACAUCGCUUCUCAUAUGGAAUCCAGGCUGCAAGCGUGGCGUAAUUCUCAAGAAUCUGCCAACUCUGAACUCCAACAAUUAAGAGCCCAUAGUCACCAGCUUAGGGUGAAUAUUGGCAAAAGGACACAAGCCAAGGUCAACCUACGCCGAGAUAUAAAAUCGAGUCGAGCGGAAAUAGCUCGCUUAGAGGAGGAACUUGCAAUGGCCAAGGAUGCUCUUGAUGUCUUGGAGUCUGAGUUGACGCAGGAAAUUCAUGUUGAGGAAGACCUGUUACAGCAACUGAACUUUCAAGAUAAAAUAAUUGCUGAGAAGGAACAAGAGGUCGCCGCGCUUCAAAGUGUUGAUGAAGAAGCUUUCAAAAUUAAAUUGACGGCUGAGCUUGAACAGACUUAUGCGUUAGAGCUGUCAAAACUUGAAAAUCAAAUUAGUCAAUAUAAACUCUUGUAAUCGGAGAACAUUAUAUUUUUGUUUGUAGCUUUGUUUGAAAAUUCUUGGUCAAUAUAGUGAACCUUUUUGCUCAUUAUAUUGAAUCUUUUUGCUCAUUGAGGUUUUUUAUUAUGAUUACUCAU